AUGGAAAGUGAAAUCAGAUGGAACAGUGAUCCAGUUAUAUCUUCUUUUUUGUGUACACCGACCAACCUGCCUUAUGCUCACUAUUCCCUGAUUUUCUUGAAUGACAACGGUGAACCCCAGGUGGUCGAGUCUUCUUCAAUCCAAGACCAUCAUACUACUGUCUUUACCCCUGAAGUGCGUGAUAGAUUUUUGGAAAUCAUUGGUGUAAAGACUGGAUAUAAAAAUCAUUCAAUUGACAGCCUCAAUCUAGCUACGCCCAGCUAUGACUGCUUGGAGAAGGCAUCUUACCACCUCCGCAAGAAGAGGCGUAGGGCCAAUACCAAAGACUUUGUUCCGGUCAUGCCAACAUCCGGAUCUGAAUUACCCAGCUCGCUACCGGGUGCAGAAGAUGACAGGAUCGGGCUCAAAAUCAGUGAAACUGAUCGACUGAAACAGUACUACGCAGACUCCUUGAAAUACUUCAAGCAGGUCAACUGCCGCGUCAUUUUAAAGGCUUUUAUCAAGUUUAUUGAGCCGUGCAAGCAAACGAAGCAUCCUUACAACGGGGGUAAUCCAAAGGAUUGCAAUACCAAAGGCGACCCAGAAAAAACAAAGCCUGAGUGGUGGCCACGUGAUAUUAGACACCGUGAGCCAGAUCACCUGUCGAAACCAGAAAGAAUCGGCCUUAUAGUCCACAUUAUGUGUAAACUGGGCCGAAGUGAUAUUACAGCAGACCGUCUUCUGGAAAUUGCAUAUAGCUGUAAAUUAAAUUUGAAAGAUCCGGAGAAGUUUGCUAUUAUCGAGGAGAUCCUCAACGUACGGAAGAUAGAGGAAAAAUAUGAGCAUAGAGCUAUUGAUCCAUCAACGGUCCUACUCGUGGUAGACCGCACACUGCCCUCUAAUGGUAAAAAGAAUACAGAUUCGGUCACCAAGCUCAAGCCAAGAUCCCAGCCAAAGAAGCUAAGAGAGUUGAAGAAAGCAGACUUGAAUCCUUCUCCUUCAGGUGCACAAGAAUCACCAUUCUCCGCCAAACCCAACGACAUGUCUGUACCUACUACAGUAGAAGACAGAAAUCAGUUCGAUGAGUCGGAGAGACCGGACCGAUUAUGCGUCACACCAUCCAAUAAUUAUUAUAGCCACUACUCAAAUACUUUUAUUGAGGCACCCACGACCCAAGGACUGAGCACACCUGCUGAACAGACUUCAAUCAACUGCCUGGCCCAGGCGACCUUUCCGGAUGCCAGCAGUGCCGAGUAUUGCUUAACAGCAGCGCCAUCACAGAACUUUGUCAGCCAAUAUGCGCCCUGGACGCCCUCCUUUAGAGGAACCUAUUCUAUUUCUCAGGAUUAUAGAUCCACAGCCAGCCAUGGCAUGUCAGAGAAUCUCAUGCACUAUCCAGUGGGAAUUAUUCCCAACUCUGACAGCGUUGCCCAACCGCCGACGCCCGGGUGCUGGGUCGUUCCAGCCUUGCCAACGCAACCUGGGGCGAACCAAGGAUGGGGCUACUAG